AUGUCUCUUGAAACGGGUCGCUACCUCAUCCACAACGGUAACAACAUCGUCAGUCGAAAUUUGGCUGAGGACCGUAGCCUCAAUCCCAAACGGAUUGUUUUGUUGGAGCCAACUGACAAAAUUCAGCUUACCUGGAUUAUUGAGAAAUCCGGUGAUGAGUAUAUCCUUAAUAACAGAGGCGCCCCGACAGCUCAUAUUGAGGACCAUGUCUUUGCGCUUUUGAUCCAUCAAGAGGGGGCUACGAAAUGGAGUAUCGAGGCCGUCCCCAGACAUGGAAGAAAUGCCUACAUCAUAAAGGGUUCUGAUGGUAAAGGCUGGGUUGCGCCGGACAAAGCAGGCGAACAGAUCAUUUACAGGACCUUGAUUGUUGGUCCGAGCGAGCCACCCACGUUCCCUCUCAACCAGGUCUUCCAAAUCAUCAAGCUCGAGUAA